GAGGAGAAGGCACAAUUUUUAUCAUUUGAAGAGUGGAAGAGAAAGAAAGGUGUGGAUUCACAUUCAGGUCAACAAAAAGAACCUGAAACUUAUCUCAAUAGAAUUCCUAAAACCCCCAAUGUUAAAGAUUCAAUUGGUGAAGAGAUGGAGAUUGAUAUUUCUAAUUUUUUCGAUGGUGGAUCAGUAGAACCUGAAGGUAAAAUUUAUAAAGAUAAAUUUAAUUUUGCAUCAUUUGAUUGUGCAGCUACUAUUGUGAAAACAAAUAGUGAAGCUAAAGGUGCUACAUCCAUUUUAUUUGAAAAUAAAGAUUCAUACUUAUUAAAUCCAUGUUCUGCACCAAAUAAAUUUGUUGUUAUUGAAUUAUGUCAAGAUAUUUUAGUUGAUAGUGUUGUUAUGGGUAAUUUUGAAUUUUUUUCUUCAACUUUUAAAAAAAUUCAAAUAUCUGUUAGUGAAACAUUCCCUGUUGCACAAAAUGGGUGGAAAAUUUUAGGUCAAUUUGAUGCUAAAGAUAUUCGAGAUUUCCAAACUUUUCAAAUUGAAAAUCCAAUGAUUUGGGCAAAAUAUUUUAGAGUGGAAAUUUUAGAACAUUAUGGGUCUGAAUUUUAUUGUCCAUUAUCUGUUGUUAGAGUUCAUGGUAGAACAAUGAUGCAAGAAUAUAAACAAGAAGAGGCAUUACAGAAAUCAAAUACAGCUGCAAAGGAAUUAGAAUCAAGUGGAAUUAAGGAAGAACAAGAUAAAACUAAAGCUGAAGAAGCUAUAAAUAUUCAAAAAAAUUUAACAAAUUUAACAGAUGAAGAAAUUAAUGAUGAAUGUUUAGUUUCCUUACCUCAAUUAAAAUUUGAUGAACUAUUUGAUGUCUUCCAACAAACUGAUAAAUGUGAAACAAUUGAAUUAUAUGAUAACAAGAGUUCAUCAAUACCAGUCUCAACACAAUCCCCUAAUGUUAAUACAAACACUGGUACUCAAGAGUCUAUUUAUAAAAACAUUAUGAAGAGAUUAUCAUUAUUAGAAUCAAAUGCAACUUUAUCAGUGUUGUAUAUUGAAGAACAAAGUAAAUUAUUAUCCACAGCUUUUUCAAAUUUGGAAAAAAAGCAAUCUUUAAAAUUUGACAAGUUGAUUGAUACUUUUAAUACUUCAAUUUAUAAUCAAUUGGAAAAUCUGUCAACGUUAUAUUCAUUAUUUCAAAAACAAACUGAUGAAUUAUUAACAAGUCAAAGAUUAAAACAUGAACAUUUAUUAUAUGAUGCUAAUUUGAAAAUUGAAAUUUUGACAAGUGAUUUAAAAUUUCAAAAAAUUCUAAGUUUCAUAAAUGUAUUGGUUGUUAUCUGUGUGUUGAUAUAUGUUGUUAUAACAAGAGAUACAUAUAUUGAAGAACAAUAUGUCAAUGAUGAUAAGUAUUGGAUCAAUGUUUCUAAAAGAAGAAUA